AUGGAUCUCUUCCACAGGGCCAAGCGCAUGAUUCCGACGGCUCAGCUCGAGCUGCCCACCCUCGACGAGAAGAGAGGCGGUGCCAGACAAAAAGGAUGGGCUGCUCGCCUCGCCUUCUUCCGGAGACCGUUGCGGUUGCGAGGAAACUCGGCCAUCUCGGUGCCUCUUGGCGUCGUUAUUCUCUUCCCCCUUAUUGUCGUCAUUCUCAUCCUGCUCCUGUUCGUCCGCCAUCCCAACAAUAGUGGUAGCAUUCUUGUCCCAGCUGGGGCCCCGCCAGCCAUCAGAAAAAUCAGCGAGAAGUACGACAAGGUCUUCCUGACCGGCUGCCAACCCCCCGACAACAAGCAACCUAGAGCCAAUGCCACCUUUGUCGUCCUCGCCCGAAACAAAGAGCUCGAAGGUGUCCUCCAGUCUAUCAAGUCGGUCGAGCGCCACUUCAACCGCUGGUUUAAUUACCCCUAUGUCUUCCUCAAUGACGGUGACUUUAACGAAACGUUCAAGGAGACUAUCCGCAACCAUACGUCGGGCACAGUCGAGUUUGGCAAGGUUGGCCCUGACAUGUGGGGAUUUCCUGACUGGAUCGAUACCAAGGUUGCGAAGGAGGGCAUCGCCAAGCAAGGUGAUAAUGCCGUCAUGUACGGUGGACUCGAAAGCUACCACUUCAUGUGUCGCUUCUACUCUGGAUUCUUCUUCAACCACCCUCUCUUGCUCAAGUACGAGUGGUACUGGCGUGUUGAGCCCGAGAUCACAUACUUCUGUGACAUCACCUACGACCCCUUCCUCAAAAUGAUUGAGCAGAAAAAGACGUACGGCUUCACCAUUGCCAUCAAGGAACUUCGCGAAACUGUUCCCAAUGUCUUCCGCUAUGCCUCGGCCUACAUGCGAAACAACAACAUUACCUCCAAGGGUUUGUGGGAAAUGUUCCUCGAACCGCGCAAGAGGCAGCCCGAGGUUAUCAAGGAUGCUCUGCCUGAAGAGAUUGCCCAGGGUGAACCGGGUAGCGGCGCUCUGCCCGACAUUGACCCCGAGACUAUGGAGGGCGACAGCUACAACAUGUGCCAUUUCUGGUCAAAUUUUGAAAUCGCCCGUCUCAGCUGGUUCCGCAGCAAGGAGUACCAAGACUUUUUCGAGAUGCUCGACCGCAGUGGCGGCUUCUGGAUGGAACGUUGGGGUGAUGCUCCUAUCCACUCUCUUGCUGCUGGUGCCCUCCUCGGCCCUAGUGACGUCCAUUACUUCCGUGACAUUGGCUAUCGCCACACCACAAUUCAGCACUGCCCUGCCAACGCCCCCGAGGCUCGACAGCUUCCUCCCAUCCCGUAUCUCGACCCAACUACGAAGGAUCCCAAAAAGCGCCAGGAGGAAGACGAAUACUGGGCCAAGUAUGACGAACCACAAGAAAACGGUGUCGGCUGUCGCUGUCGCUGUGAUACUGACAUUGUCGACGUCGAGGGCAAGGAAGGCUCAUGUAUGGCUGAAUGGGUCGAUGUUGCCGGUGGCUGGGCCAGCCCUUAG